GCAAAAAUAAACAGCCAUAAAUUAGCCAGCCAAAUCUAGGAAUCCUUAUCAAGUUCCUGGGGGGCAUAUAAAAGGCACGGGCGGCCAAGUCAGUGGUCAAAGCACCUGCACCUGUGGAAUAAAAAAUGCUGCUGGUUCAAUUAAUUGCGGUUCUUUUAAGUCUGGGCCUGGCCGUUGCCCUGCCUGCGGAUGCGGGGCGAGCCAGCUCGGUGACCACGGUCACCAUCGCCAGAGGACACGGCUAUGAGAUCGAGGAGCACGAGGUUCAGACCUCCGAUGGCUAUCUCCUGACCAUGCACCGCAUACCGUACUCCAAAAACACUGGUUACGAUGGCCCACGUCCGGUCGUCUUUCUCAUGCACGGACUGCUGUGCUCCUCAUCGGAUUGGGUCCUGGCUGGACCCCACAGUGGGUUGGCUUAUUUGUUGUCCGAAGAGGGCUAUGAUGUGUGGAUGGGUAAUGCCAGAGGAAAUACCUACUCCAAGAAGCACGCCACCAAAUCGCCGCUGCUGCAACCGUUCUGGAACUUCGAGUGGCACGACAUCGGGAUCUACGAUCUGCCCGCCAUGAUAGACUACGUCCUUUACCGCACGGGACAGCCUACAGUGACUUAUGUCGGUCACUCUCAGGGGACCACCUCGUUCUUCGUUCUCAACACGAUGAUUCCGCGCUUCAAGAGCCGCAUUAGUUCGGCCCAUUUGUUGGCUCCUGUGGCCUGGAUGGAGAACAUGGAGAGUCCCUUGGCCACGGUUGGCGGUCCCUUGCUGGGUCAGCCCAAUGCCUUCGUGGAGCUCUUCGGCAGCGCCGAGUUCCUGCCGAACACGCAGCUUAUGAACCUUUUCGGAGCCCUUGUCUGCAAAGAUGAGGCAUUCACUCAAGCCCUGUGCACCAACACCCUGUUCCUCCUGGGCGGCUGGAACUCGCCGUAUAUUAACGAAACCAUGUUGCCCGAAAUUAUGGCCACCACACCGGCUGGCUGUUCGGUCAACCAGAUCUUCCACUACCUGCAGGAGUACAAUUCCGGCUACUUCCGGCAAUUCGACUACGGGUCGACGCGCAACAAGAAGGAGUACAGCAGCAAGACCCCGCCGGACUACGAUGUGGAGGGCAUCGAGGUGCCCACCUAUCUGUAUUACAGCGACAACGACUACUUCGCCAGUCUGAUCGACGUGGAUCGCCUAAGGUACACCAUGAAUCCGAGUGCCCUGAAAAGUGCAUACCGGCUGCCCGAGGAAAAGUGGAACCACAUCGACUUCCUGUGGGGACUCAAUGUCAAGGAAAUUCUUUAUGAUCGCGUCAUUGCCGACAUAAAUAAUGCAUAAUGUGCGCUUCGAAUAAAGCGACAUAACAAUGUGAUAGAAAA